AGCAAAGCCCACCUUGGUUUUAAUUACUAGAAUUUACACAGUUUCAAACAAACAAUGGAAGAACAAAGAAAACCUCAGUUUCCACCACAGACUCAGCCUCAGCAACCAGGUAAAGAAUAUGUCAUGUGCCCACUCCCGCUAGCCAUAAACCCUGACUACAAGCCUUCCGAAAAACUCAACGGAAAGGUAGCUCUGGUGACUGGAGGGGAUUCGGGGAUAGGAAGAUCUGUAUGCUACCAUUUUGCAUUAGAGGGUGCAACUGUGGCCUUUACAUAUGUACAAGGCAUUGAGGACAGAGACAAGGAUGACACCCUAAAGAUGCUACUGAAGGCUAAGUCAAGCGAUGCAGAGGAUCCAAUUGCCAUAGCUACUGAUGUUUCAUCAGAAGAAGAUUGCAAGAGGGUUGUCGAACAAGUUGCGAGUAAAUAUGGGCGGAUUGAUAUUUUGGUCAACAACGCUGGCGUACAGCAUUAUACCAACUUGGUAGAAGAGAUUACCGAGGAAUGGCUUGUGAGGCUGUUCAGAACCAACAUAUUUGGUUAUUUCUUCAUGACCAAGUAAGAAAACAAGUGCGGAGAAACAGUAACUGCUUGUGUAUUCAGUUUUUCUUUUCUCUUAAUCCAAGAACUAGACCAUACUAUAAAAACAAAAGUUUCGAAGUUGUCGCACCCUCCCGAGAGCUCGACGUCGCGGCGACCCAUCCUUCGUAGCGAGGGAUUGAAUGUUGGGGUCUUUCUGUUGUGAAAAAGGGAGUCGCCACCUAGUAUUAUGGUCACUAGGAAACCUAACUGGUCUUUCAGAGAUUCUAAGGCAAGGGACUGGUUGCGUAAAGGGAAGGUUUUAGCACCCCUAGUACGCCCUACCUAAGGUAAGCUGCUUGGUGUUUGAUUUGCCUUAUAAAUGUUAUGGUGUUGAUGUUCACUAAUCC